AUGGCGCUCACCAGCUUUUUACCCGCACCUACUCAGCUAUCCCAGGACCAACAUGAAGCUGAAGAGAAGGCAAGAUCUCACAGUUCCUGGCAGACCUCCUUGGCCUCCUCACGCAGAGAACCUCCCCCGUAUGGGUGCCGAAAAGGUUGGAAUCCUCGCUCGCUAGAAGAUUUUGGAGAUGGAGGUGCUUUUCCAGAGAUCCAUUUGGCCCAGUAUCCACUAGAUAUGGGACGACAACAAACCAGGGCCAAUGCGCUGACCAUUCAGGUCGAUCCAGAAGGAAGAAUUCGGUACGAUGCAGUUGCUGGACAAGGUCAGUCAAAAGACAAGGUCAUUUACAGCAAAUAUACUGACCUGGGGCCACAGGAGGGGAUGAAUGCCAGUGAUCCAGACCUACAGAGACCCGGCGAAGAAGCUAUUCAAGAGAUCACAGCAAAGACAAGGGUAGCCUUAGAGAAGUGUGUGCAGCAGAAGGUUGCCUCAGCCAUGCCAGUUGGGGCAGCUGAUCAACUGGCUCCUGCUCAGUAUCUGCGAUACACACCAUCUCAGCAAGGAGUGGCAUUGAACUCUGGAGCUACACAGAGGCUCAUUCGCAUGGUAGAGAUGCAGACAGAUCCAAUGGAGCCUCCGAGGUUCCGGAUCAACCAGAAGAUUCCCCGGGGACCACCUUCUCCUCCUGCACCUGUCAUGCACUCUCCAAGCCAAAAGAUGACUGCCAAGGAGCAACAAGAGUGGAAGAUUCCUCCUUGCAUCUCCAACUGGAAAAAUGCAAAGGGUUAUACAAUUCCCUUAGACAAGCGACUGGCCGCCGAUGCAAGAGGACUUCAGAUGGUACACAUCAAUGAGAACUUUGCCAAACUCGCCGAAGCUCUCUACAUUGCCGAUCGGAAGGCUCGGGAGGCUGUGGAAACACGGGCCCAAGUGGAGAGAAAAAGGGCUCAGAAAGCAAAAGAGAAGCAUGAAGAGAAACUUAGAGUGAUGGCCCAAAAAGCCAGGAAGAGGAGAGCUGGCAUCAAAACCCGUGUGGACAGAGAAGAUGGGGAGGCCUGUGGGAGGGAGGAGAUCCGGCACGAGAGGCAAAAACAGAGACAGCACAACCGGCAUCUUUCCAGGGCAGCUGCUGAGAAGAGAUGGAAACCACCGCAGAGGAAGGAACAUCGAGAUAUCACUGAAGUCAUUGCUCUGGGUGUCCCCAAUCCUGGAACCUCCAAGGAAGUUUGGUAUGACCAGAGGCUCUUCAACCAGUGCAAAGGUAUGGACAGCGGAUUUGCAGGUGGAGAAGAUGACAUUUACAGCGUUUAUGAUCUCACCUGGAGAGGCGAUAAAGACAUGGCCCAGACCAUCUAUAGGCCCAGGACAAAUCUGGACAAGGACAUGGAUGGUGAUGACCUAAAAACCAAAAUCCAGUCCAACAGCUUUCUUCCAGUUCAAGAGUUUUCCGGUUCAGAACAUAGGCAGACCGGACGAGAAGGGCCAGUGCAGUUUGAGGAGGAUCCUUUUGGUUUGGACAAGUUUCUGCAAGAAGCUAAACAGCACAGUGGCUCCAAAAGACUUGCAGAUACCAGCCGACCUGAGGAGCAUGAGCAUGAAGGCAAGAAGAGGAGGAAGCCGUAGAUACUUCUCUCUUCUCACUCAAUGAACUUGGUCCAGAACCCUAGUGAUGCAAGUCGUGGGGAUA